AUGGCCGCUUCAGCUGUUGGCCAUGUCCCUCCCCAGCCUUCUCACCGGAGCUCCCGCUUCUUCCACGGUGAUGCAGCAGUUGUUUCUCUCGCAAUGAGGAGAGCGGGGCGGUGCUCCGUGAGGACAAGCCCCAGGAUCCGUCUGCCCCUGGGGACGGUAUCUUGCAGGCAACGGGCUGCUCCUCCCGACUUUUCGGAACGAGCAAGCCCAAACGAGGUGCAGACUCUUCUCCCCACCUCCCCCCCCCCCAUACGGCUGCCUACGACUCGUUUUCCGCGCUUGCCUGAUGCUCAUCUCCGCAAUGUGCGUCUCUGCUUGACGGUAAAUACUGAAUCGAGGCGUUUCUUCUGAUCCCCGUAAAGCUUCCCAUAAGCGUGCUAGGGUUUUUUUUCUGUUCUUCGUGUGGACAUUUUUCCCAUAUCAUCUCUGCCAAGCGGAAGAUUCUUCUGAGCGAAAGUUCUUUUGUUUCUGCUGGGUAUCUGGUACUUUCUGAUAGUGGGUUUCUACGAUCUUCUGUGCUCUUGUGGAAGAACGUUUGGAGUGAGCUGGUAACGCAGGAACCUCUCAAUUGUGCGCCAAAUCCACAGUAGAAUGCUAAAAAGCAGCAUGAAUUCAUCAGUUAGAGGUUAAAUCUGAGCUGUUCCACCAUAGUUUUUGUCUGAAUUGUGACGAUGGGUGCAUUUCAAUUGGGAUAAUUCUUGUUACCAUAGUGAAAAAUGAUGGAAACGCUGGGCUACUCAGGAGCCUCAUGAUAUAUAACAAAGGGUGGGAGAACCUGAUCACGUUUGACCCAACGAAGAUGAUCAGCGGGUUGACUUUUUGCUUGGUGUCUUCUCACCCAAAUCCCAACUUCUACCGCUUAUCUAGAUCCCGUUUGGUGACUUCUGGGCAUGUUUCUGCGGUGCUUGAUUUCCUUGAUGAACUGUUAUCUGCUAAAAGCAAAACCCUGAUAUCUUGAUCCAACUCGGAACACCUUGAAACCCAGAAAGCUAAGCUCAUUUUUUUUUAACCUGUUAUUUUCUUACUGGUUUAAGGUGAAGGAGGAGAUAAAGGAGUGCUAUAAGGUUAUACAGAGGCUUGGGAGGGGAGUCCUGUAUCUGGGUUCUUCUAGAUUCAAGCCAGACCAUCCUCAUUAUCUGCAAUCAAUGGAGCUGGGAAGAGAGGUAAGGCAACUACGUUAGCAUUCUUUCAUCCGUUGAGCAGAAGCAACUGAAGAUGUUGAUCAAAAGAGCUUGAGCUCUGUAUAACCGGUUGAGCAGAAGUAACCGGAAAUUCAAUCCUGAAGCACAACCUACCUCACUGUUCCCCGCACCCUCUCUCUCUCUCCCCCCUCAUCUAUACACCCCCUCCCACCGUCCUCGUAAUUUUCUUUCGCAAAUUCACUUCAAUCUCUGGGUAUUCUGUUAUGGACAAUAUCUGGGUAUUCAUCUCUCUCUCUCUCUCUCUCCCCAUCUAUACACCCCCUGCCACAGUCCUCAAUUUUCUUUCACAAAUUCACUUCAAUCUCUGGGUAUUCUGUGAUGGACAAUAUCUGGGUAUUCAUCUCUCUCUCUCUCUCUCCCCAUCUAUACACCCCCUCCCACAGUACUCAAUUUUCUUCGGCAAAUUCACUUCAAUCUCUGGGUAUUCAUCUCUCUCUCUCUCUCUCUCUCUCUCUCCCAAUCUAUACACCCCCACCCACAUUCCUUCUCAUAUUUUCUUCGGCAAAUUCACUUCAAUCUCUGGGUAUUCUGUGAUGGAGUUGGCAGAUCGUGCUUCACAGCGUUAAAUUUUUCUGAAGACAUGGGAUUCAAGAGUUUUAGCUGACAAAGGAUCGAUUUGACCACACCCCGUCAUUCAAUAAGAGCGCUUAAAGCAGUCCUUGACCUUGUCAACCAAUGCGCUUACAUUUUCCCAAUUAAGAUUUUUUCUGUGAUCUCCUCCGUAAUAAUGAAAAGGCAGCAUCAGCGUUAAAAUGGAAGUAGAAAAUAAAAAUAAAAAUUCUGGGACUUUGAUAUAUCUGGUUUCUUAUACCCGCACAUUGAAUCUUUGCAUAAAUACCAGAUUCCUUCAUUGAAAUCAUUGAAAUCUUUCCAUAGAAAAUAUAUAGCAUUAGACCCUCCCACGUGUUCAUUGCUAUAAGCAUUUUCCUUCAUUAUUUCUGUCAAUAAAUAUUUUUUAUUGCAUGCUAAAUAGAUCGUGUUCAUCAAUUCAUCGCCAUCUGGCGUCAUAUCCGCUUUUUUAACCACGGAAAAAUAAAAAAAAAUUCGCAUUAUUCAUUAAAACUUAUAUCAUUUACGGUAUAUCUCAUAAAUUCUAGCAUCUAAUUGACAGGAAAUGAGUUCUUAUAGGAUCACUUCCGCUGCUCUUCCUGAUGAGCUCCAAGAGAAAUCUGACAGGAUCACAUCUUCUCUUUCUCUUCACCCCGCAUAUACAGAUUGUGUCUAUCGACACAUCUGAACUCUUUGACCGAUUUCUAGCUGACUAGCUAGAAAGUACCGAGUUACAGAAUCGUCAACGACAGAGGCCGUCUUCUCUUUGCAGAUUGCUAAGCUCUUGGGCUGCACCACGUGGACUGGAGCCGGUCCUGGUCUCAUGGAUGCUGCAACCAGAGGCGCUCUCUCUGCGGAUAAACCCGUGGGUGGAUUCAAGAUAUCCAAAGAAGCAGGCCAGUGGAGCAGCUCCAGCUUCCACCCAUACCUCCCCAGUGAGGCCUACUUUACUUGCAGGUGGUGAAUCCCAUAACCCGGGUUGACUUUCAGCUCCACAUGAGUCAAUUCAGGGAACAUAAGUCAACUCCUGCAGGUUCUUCUCCGCCCGAAAGCACGGCCUGGUGGAUGCGGUGGUAAGGAAGAACCCAUGGGAUCGGACGGCGGUCAUCGCCCUCCCCGGUGGGAUCGGGACCUUGGACGAGGUCUUCGAGGUCCUAACCCUAAUUCAGUUGCAGAGGUUGGGCUCCGAGCUCCCCGUCCCGUUCUUGCUGAUGAACUACGGCUCCUUCUACUCAAAACUGCUGGCUUUCAUCGAUGACUGUGAGAGGUGGGGGGUUGUCGCCAGAGGGGAGGUAUCGUCCCUGUGGAAGGUCUGCAACGGGAAUCUCGAAGCUCUGGAGUACUUGGCAGAUUUCUAUGAGAUUCCUCACGUGGGAAGAGAUUUCCAGGUGAGAUCUGGAAGCGGGGGAGAAUGA